CCCCGCUGCAUCGGGCGUCUCUGAAGCUCCAGAGCCUCCGCCGUCCUCCGCCAUGGCCACCACCGUCAGGCAGUACUCCUCCUCCACGUCCCUCAAGGGCUUCGGGGGCUCGGGGGCAGGCUCCAGCAGGCUGUCCUCCGUGCGCGUUGGCGGAGGAGGGUACAGGGCGCCCAGCAUCAGCGGAGGGGCCAGCAGCUACUCGGUCUCUUCUCGCACGGUUUCGGGGCUUGGAAGCGGCCUGGGUGGCGGCUUUGGGGGCACCUACUGCAGCAGCGUGGGAGGGGGCCUCGGCACUGGCUUUGGGGGCGGCUACGGGGGCAGCUUUGGCAGUGGCUUUGGAGGUGGCUAUGGGGGCGGCUUUGGCGGCGGCUUUGGAGGCGGCGAAGGCAUUCUGCAAGCUGGAGAAAAGGAGACGAUGCAGAACCUCAACGACCGCCUGGCUGCCUACCUGGACAAAGUGCGUGCCCUGGAGGAGGCCAACACCGACCUGGAGGUUAAGAUCAGGGAAUGGUACAAGAAGCAGGCGCCCGGCCCGGACCGUGACUACAGCCCCUACUAUAGGACCAUCGAGGAGCUGAGGAAUAAGAUUCUUUCUGCAACUGUUGAAAACGCCAACAUUGUCUUGCAGAUUGACAAUGCCAGGCUGGCAGCUGAUGACUUCAGAACCAAGUUUGAGACAGAGCAGGCUCUGCGCCUGAGCGUGGAGGCUGAUAUCAACGGCCUGCGCAGAGUCCUGGAUGAGCUGACUCUGGCCAGAGCUGACUUGGAGAUGCAGAUCGAGAACCUGAAAGAGGAGCUGGCCUACCUCAAGAAGAACCACGAGGAGGAAAUGAAUGCCCUGCGUGGGCAGGUGGGUGGAGAGAUCAGCGUGGAGAUGGAUGCUGCUCCUGGAAUCGACCUCACCAAGAUCCUGGCGGAGAUGAGGGAGCAGUACGAGACCUUGGCCGAGAAGAACCGCAGGGACGCCGAGCAGUGGUUCUUCAGCAAGACGGAAGAGCUCAACCGGGAGGUGGCCAUCAACACGGAGCAGCUUCAGAGCGGCAAGACGGAGAUCACCGAACUGCGACGCACCAUCCAGAGCCUGGAGAUAGACCUGCAGUCUCAGCUCAGCACGAAAGCUGCGCUGGAAGGCACCCUGGCUGACACAGAAGCCCGCUACGGCGCCCAGCUGGCCCAGAUCCAGGUCCUCAUCAGCAGCGUGGAGGAGCAGUUGGCCGAGCUGCGGUGCGACAUGGAGCGCCAGAACCACGAGUACAGGAUCCUGCUGGACGUCAAGAGCCGCCUGGAGCAGGAGAUCGCCACGUACCGCCGCCUCCUGGAGGGCGAGGACGCCCACAUCUCUUCCCAGUACUCCUCCGCUAUGUCCUCACACUCCGGUAGAGAUGAGCGAACACCAUUCCUCAAGCUGAAUAACGGUGACAGCGGUCAAGACAGCGUGUGAGCAUCUUACAACUAUUAACCACAGAAAGAAGCCGUAAGGAAGGGAAAUUCCUCACAAUUUGAAUUGCGUUUACAACACGAAUGACUUGGCCUAAACGUGCCUUGUGACUGAGCAGCCAAUGUUCUAGCUUUACACAGACCUGAAAAAUCAAGCAACACCUACAGAUUUAAGCAGUGGGCUUUUCCCCUUCCUGGGCAUUCUCCUCAGCCUAGCUCUUCACUCUUCUUGACUCAAGUAGGAUUGCUAACAACAACAUGUGCCAAAUACCUCGUAGAAUUUCCCAUGUCUUUCUUAAGCCCGUGCAACAUUCAAUACUGCAUUAGGAAUUUUUUCCUUCCUGCUCUCAGAAUAAUUGUCUCUCGCUUUCCUUUCGCAGUAAUGACAACGUCCCGCCAAGUCCGCACAAUCGUUGAGGAGGUCCAGGAUGGGAAGGUGGUCUCGUCCCGGGAGCAGGUUGCGCUCACCACCCG